AUUGUAAAUUAUAGUUUAUCAAGAACGUCAAAAAUUCUCCCUUCGAACAUUCUCCUGAAAUCGAUUACUAGAACUCUUUUUUUUUACGACUUAAACACGUUAAAAUUCAAACCACUGUUUACAAACUUGAAUUGAUACAUCUUAUAGAAAGAAUGCCAGAUCAAAUUCAUAAUGAAUAUCAUCAUCAGCUAGAGUUUAUGUUUUUCUUUGCAUUUUAUGCAUUCAUAGCAAAAUUUGGAGGUGUUUUCGGUCCUUCAGGCAACCAACUAUAUGAAUCUUUGUCAAAUGAGGAUCAACUAAAUGCAAGGUAUGAAAUUUUUGACCAAUUUGUUGAAGUUGCACGUAAACAUACCCUGAAACGUUAUAAGGAGUUAUGUAAAACAGCAGAAGGCAGGAAAAAGUUUGAUGAAAUUGCAAAAAUGUUUGGCUUUACCAAAGCCACGAAGGAUGUUCAGAUCCACGAUGAAUUUCUGCAUAUGGUCUACAUGACAGGUACCCCGAUGGAAAGAUUGGUAUAUACUCUUCGUGUUGCCGUAGCUAAUUUGUUUGGUGAUCCUAUAUAUCCAGAUAAUACUCACAGUAUUGAUGUAUUAAUAUUGACUACGUUUAUGAAUGUUUAUAUCCAUAAAGCUUGCGAAGACGAUAAAUUAAAAAUGCCCUCUUCACUCAAAUACUUUAAAAAAGGUAGUUGGGAACAAGAACUGAAAUUAGAUAAGUUAAGAAUGGAGUUUUAUAACUUGGUUGCAUUCUAUAAUGCAUUGCCUACAAUUUCUGGGAAUGACGAUAUUUAAAUUGAAAAACUCGUAUUAGAGAUUGCUUUUCUAUAUAUAUAUAUAUAUUUAUGCAUAUAGCAUAUUAAUUCUAUGCUAUAUAAUUGUUGUCGCAUACUUUCGAGUUGCACCAAUGUUAGUAAAUGAUAGUAAAAUGAUACCGUUUGUAUAUAGAAAUAUAUAUACGAUUUAUUUGGAGGCGUAAAUAAACCUUAGGAAAUACAUGAAAACCCAGUCUUAACUUAACCUUGUCCCAUAAAAGAAUCGGGUUUUACGUAUUUUAGCAUUAAACCUUAUUGUAGCUCGUAAUAUCGUAUGAUCUAGAGCAU